CAAUUGCCUAAGUGAUUAAUUUUAGAAAGUGCUUGCGUAUUGAUCUAUGAAAAUAGAAAUUGAUGUACUAAAUAAUAACUGUCAUGUCAGUAUUUAUGAGAGCAACGUCAUUGCACAGCAGAUACAAACAACAAACAAUUUGUUGAGAAAAGACGAAAAUUAACAGUACAGAUAAAUAGCAAUUAUUAUCUCGUUUCUUACGUUGGGAUCGUUGACCUGGAGUGUAUUAAAAACGGAUCUCACGACGGCACCUUAAACCUUAAACUCAUGAGUUGAUAAGUACCUAUUUGCCCGGCAAAACAAAAAGUCGAAUCUCCGAAAUGCAUGUGGUGCAAUCUUCUUUUAUUAUUCUUCUCGUAAAUGUGUGCAAAGGUCAAGUUAAUGAAGAUGUUAAUCAUUAUAUGAAGCUAAUAACAGAAAAUAUUCUGAAACUUGAAAACUACGUUUUGCCAAACUUCUACGAAGGCUUUAAUCUGACCGAUGAACAUCAAAAACCCAUAGAUUUUGGAAAGUUUGAUUUCAUAAUCGUGGGAGGUGGAACCGCAGGUUCCUUGUUGUCUAACAGACUUUCAGAGGUGAAAGAAUGGUCUAUAUUACUACUUGAAGGAGGAACUGGCGGAAACGAAUUCACUGAUAUACCUGGUGUAUCGAGUUUUCUUGUUAAUUCUCCAUAUAAUUGGGGUUGUAACACCACUCCCCAGAGAAGCAUUUGUCAAGAUAAGAUCAAAAAUGUAUGUAAGUAUCCAAGAGGAAAAGGAUUAGGAGGUAGUACAUUAAUAAACGACAACAUCUUUUUGCGAGGUGCCGCUUCAGAUUAUGACAAAUGGACAGAAUUAGGAUUGGAGGGAUGGUCUUUCCAAGAUGUCCUUCCCUAUUUAAAGAAAUACGAAAACGCAUCUUUUGAAAACAUCGACGUGGACUAUCAUGGUUUUAAUGGAGAGCUCGUCAUUGAAAACUUCAAACACGUUUCAGAUGUUGCUACGGCAUACAUGGAAAUACUAGAAAGUUUCGGCUACAGUAUGACGGACAUCAACGGUAAAAACCCUCUAGGAUACGGCAUUGUUCAACAGUCAACUUACAAAGGUCGCAGAGAAAGUGGCGCCAAAGUAUUUAUAGACUCAGUGGUGGAAGAACAAACUAAUUUACAAAUCCUUACUGAAGCACUUGUGAUACGAAUUGUCACUGAUAAUUUGAGAGCUACCGGUGUGGAAUUUAUACACAACGAAACCAAAUAUCACGUGAACGCCGUUAGAGAAGUAAUUGUAUCAGCUGGUGUAGUUGGAUCUCCCCAGUUGUUAAUGCUGUCAGGGAUCGGUCCUUCCGAGGAUCUCCUCAAUCUGAACAUAACUCCAGUCAAGGAUUUACCAGUUGGUCAAUUCUUCCAAGACCAGUGCGUCGCAGGGAUUCAAGCAACAACGAAUUAUUUUCAAAACACUUCCUUGGAAUAUGAAAUAUCUCGAUAUCUAAAGGCUUCCGGAUUUUUGACAUCAUCAGCCAGAGCAAAUGUUUAUACAUUCCACAAUAUUAAGAACUACCCGACAAUGGAACUCAUUUUUCUUGAUGGAUUUGGCCUACAACACUUGAACGACACUUUUGGUUUUACAAAUCCAUUGACCAUAGCAUUGUACAGUGUUUUGCUUUAUCCAAAAUCAGUGGGAAGGAUUACGCUAGCUUCAAAUAAUCCAUUAGAGUUUCCUCUAAUAAAUCCUAACAGCCUAUCAGAAACACAAGAUUUAGAGGCUUUGGUAGAAGCAUUGGAUUUAACGUUAUCCAUUCUAUCAUCGGAGCCAUUCAAAAAGUUUAACGUUACACCACUACGUGACACAAAACUUUGUGGAGACUAUUCGUUUGGUGACGCAAGUUAUUGGAAAUGCUUAAUCCAAUAUAAUGGCAUUGCAGCAUUUCAUGGUAUAGGAUCCUGCAAAAUGGGAUGGAAUAGUUCAGAAUCAGUUAUUAACGAAAGAUUACUUGUCCAUGGUAUGGACAAUAUUAGGAUCAUAGAUGCUUCGGUAGUUCCUUCGUUUGUAACUGGACAUCUAGUUGGAACUGUUUAUAUGAUUGCCGAAAAAGGGGCCGAUAUGAUUAAAGAAGAUAAUCUUAUAAUAAGAGAAUAUUUAACAUCCAAUAGUGAUUACCGAACAAUUUCAUCAAUUUCUUUUCUUCUGUCCUCAAUAGUCAUCAUUUAUUCAACAGUUUUGUCAUAUUUUAAUUAAUUAGUUCUGUAUGGUUAAUAAAGAUGGAGUUGUAGUUCACAUAA